UCCACUUUAGGAUAAAGUCCUAGUAAGGAUUAUUAUUUUCAUGGCGAAUAUUGCUAAGCGUAGAGAGUAGAGUGGCUUGAGUGAAAAGAUUGUGUGCAAAAGCCAUACAGCAUGUCGCUGAACCCGGAAUGGAACAUCACCUGUCGAAUCUGCCUACAGGAGGGCCAAAUCCGGUCCCUGUUCGAUAUCUGUCCGGAAUCGAAUCUGAGCUACUGUGACAAAGUGAUGCAAUGCACCAGUGUGGAGAUCCGGAAGGACGAUUCCCUGCCGGAUCAGAUCUGCUCGCAGUGUAUCCGAGAUUUGGAUGUGGCGUACCGGUUCCGGGUGAAUUGCGAGAGCUCCGAUGCGAUCCUACAAUCGUACCGGGAGGUGGCGACGAACGGAAGAGAUGGUGAGGAGGUUGAGGAAGAUUCCUAUUCGUUUUCAUCGGAGAUUCAGAUUCCGAUCAGUUCGGAUGUUCUGUACAGUUACAAGCCGCCAUCGGGGUUGAAUGUGAAGUUGGUGUCGAAGGAGAAGGCAGUGUUGCUGGAGAAUAAUGGAGAGAUUUUAAUUUGUGCUCCUCCGGAGGAGCCGACGAUUAAAGACGAAGUACAGGACGAUGAGAUGUCUGGUAGUGUGGGUCCACGGGAAGUAUCACCGGAACCGCUGUUUGACGACGACGAUGAUAAUGAUUCGUUGAUAACGUAUGACGAUGUUUUGCCGCCUUCCCAGGCUUCCCAAGCUGGAGAUGUAGAGGAGGCUGAUAUGGACGAGGGAGAGGAAGAGCGAUCGAAGCUAAUGUAUGGAUUGGUUGAAGGGGAAGAUAGUCACACUGUCGAUAAUGAGAGCAAGAAGCCGCAGGACGAUAGCAGUGCUGAUAUCUUCUUCAAUGCGGAACUAGUAUACGUGGACAAGGAGGACGAUAUUCUGAACCAGCUGGCCAACAUCAAGCGCGAAAAUGAUGCCGAGGCAUGGGAAAUUAUUUAUGACGAUGACGUCGGAGAUAGCGAUCAAUAUUUUCAGAAGCUUCCCCAAUCCAAAGCAUCAUCGAAUGAAACCGCCACCAAUACAAAUCAACCGACGAUGAACCCGAUCAAAACGAUCCAAACCAUUCGAAAGGCAAACAUUCCCAAUGAGGAGAAGCCAACGAUCGAAAAUGUGGUAACCAAGCCCGGUCCGGAUGGGUCGAUGGAAACGGUUAUCCGAGUCAAGAGGAACCUCAAGCAAAUCAAACAGCAGCACGUUUGCAAGCUGUGCAAUAGUUCGUACAAGUACAAGCACGCCCUGGAGACGCAUAUGCGGCGGCAUCGGGGCGACAAGCCGUACAAGUGCACCGAGUGCGAGAAGGCGUUUGUGGUGCCGUUCGAGUUGAGGCGGCACAUGCGGAUACAUACGGGUGCGAAACCGUACAAAUGUAAAUAUUGUGAGAGGAAGUUUUCCGACUUUGGCAGUAAGAUCAAACACGAGCGGACGCACACGGGAGAGAGACCCUAUGUUUGUGAAGUUUGCGACAAGAGCUUCACCUAUUCACACGUGCUAAACAGUCACAUGUUGAUUCACACAGGAGUCAAAAAGUAUUCCUGUCCAGACUGUGACAAACGCUUCGCCAAGUCUCACCACUUGAAAGCCCAUCUGAACAUCCACGUGCGGUCGAACUCCGCCACCAACAGCAACCUCAACAAAAUUCUUCCCAGUGUAGACAGCAACACUUUGGACAAUCCCAUCACAAACGAUCACGACUUGAAGCUGGAACAAUCGGAGGUCUCAAGUCAUGUAGAUCAGCUCAUGGCGGACAGCAUAGUCGAUGACACCCGGAGCAAUGACUUCCAGCUGGAGGAUCCAGUGGGAGGUUCUAACCCGUUCGGACAGCUUGUAAAUAUAGGCGAUUACAUAAUCUCGUCGAAGAACGAUCCAUCACCUCCGACGUCGGCGUCCUCCAUUGGGGCCAUCAUGGACAAUGAUGACGACGACGACGAUUGCGGUGUGAUUCACCACGGCAUGGGAGGCGGACCGGGUGGCGGAGGCGUCAUCACCGACGAUGACGAUCCGCUGCUGAAAGUGGUCACGGUUCUGACGGCCAACCAGAUGCCGGGAAUGAUCGAAGGGGAUUACACCAACAUUCGGAUCAUCAACGGGUGAGUUUACAAAAAGAGAUUUUAUUUAACAACACAA